CGCGGCAGCGGCUUGCGGCAUGCCACCCCGGAGCCCACCGCAGUCUUGCAUACCCGAUUGAGCCGCGAGAGACGAUCUGGCAACAUCGGAGGGCUCGAAAAGUGGGAGGUAGCACCACGGCGGCCCUUGCUCUUCUUCAGCUCGGCCAGGCCUCUGUCCCCUUUGAACUGCCUUUUUUAACCCCGAGUUCAAUUGGCAACGGCAGGACAAGCUCUCUCGCAAUGGCCGACUCGGAGCCCUCUGCCCGGCGGCGCAAGCCAGACCCCAAAACCACGACAACGCCGCCACCUUCCGAGCCAGAACCCGCCGAAGCCGAGAAAGCGAGGCCGAAGAAGAAGACUGCGCAAGACCUCCUCGACGAUGACGAAGCCUACAGCAGCCCGUACAUCGACAUCCUCCGCGUGCUGACCUUCCUCUUCCUCGCCUCCUGCGGGCUGAGCUACCUCAUCUCGGGCGGUGAGACUUUCUUCUGGGGCAUGUCCAACCCGCCCAAAUACCUGCAGUCCAGCUGGUGGAAGAAGCAAUUCCGCGGCCCGAUCUACCUCACGCCCGCCGAACUCGCCGCCUACGACGGCAGCGACCCGUCCAAGCCGCUGUACCUGGCCAUCAACUGGACCAUCUACGACGUGUCGGCCAACCGGCGCACGUACGGGCCGGGCGGCUCGUACCACUACUUCGCGGGGUGCGACGCGGCGCGCGCGUACAUCACGGGGUGCUUCGCGGAGGACCGCACGCCGGACCUGCGCGGCGUCGAGGAGAUGUUCCUGCCGCUGGACGACCCGGCCGUGGACGCGCGGUACUGGACGCCGGCCGAGCUGGAGCGGCUGCGGGCGCAGGAGCGCCGCGAGGCCGAGCGCCGCGCCCACGACGCGCUCGCGCACUGGGUCAAGUUCUUCCGCGACCAUCCCAAGUACCAGUUCGUCGGGUACGUGAAGCGGCCCGAGGGCUGGCCGGGCACGGAGCCGCGGCGGCCGCUGUGCGAGCAUGCGGCUAAGGCGAGGAAGCCGAGGACGCCUCCGGGGCAGGAGCAGCAGUAGGUUUAGGUUGUUUUAUCUGCGAUAGGAGAAGAGUGCAACUAGCGUUUUCUUGGACAUUAUUUCGUUUAAAGCCAGCCUCGUACAUAUGAUUAGCUUUUCCUCACCGAUUUAAAUCUCCUUGGACUCGGCACUGGCCAAAGACAAGCGCACACGU